UUGUCCUUAGCGGGCAGAGAGCACAGAAAAAUAUAUUGAACGUUAUGAUUUGGGAGCAGGAAAAGUUUUCCUCUACUUUAACAGGAUCUCCAAGGAGGAGGACUGUGUGAUUUUUAGAGCAAAACAAAUUGCUCCCAUUGGACUAGUGCAACCUGCCAAUGCAGUCAUCUAUGAUUACUAUAACCCACAUAUUAGAUGUGGCGUGUUUUACAGUGCACCUAAGCAAAGUAAAAUGGUCUCAAAGCUGUGCAGUGGAGAAGUGUGUCAAUGUGCAGAAGGUCGCUGCCCAAAAAUUAAAUCAACAUUUAGUAAGAACAUGGAUGAAAACACACGCAUAGCUUUUGCAUGCUUCAGCCACAUUGUGGAUUAUGCGUACAAAGUCAAUGUACUCAACAUAACCCAAGACGGUGUCUUUGACUACUUUGCGGUUCAUAUUAUCAAACCUCUUCGAUUAACUAAGGAUGAAGCACUACUAACAGCUGACAACGUCCGGUACUUGAUCAAACAGAAAUCCUGUGAGCUUGAAAUGAAAGUGGAUAAAAUAUAUCUGUUAAUGGGUAAAGAUGGUACCACCACAGAUUCUAGUGGAAAGCUACAGUAUUUCCUUGACCAUGAAACAUGGGUAGAAGAGAUUCCUGAGGAAAGGAAGUGCAAGUCAACCAAGAGCAGAGAAGCUUGCGCUCAGCUUCAUGAAUUCAUGGAUCGGUAUGAGAUAGACCAAUGCAUGAUGAAGCGAUAAAUGGCACAGCUUGGUGGAAACUUUACUACAGACCCACUUCAACUAUUUGGGUCUGUCCUAACCUAACAGAAAAAUUUUAUCUGUUAUCAUUUGUUACUGCUAUAUAUGCCUCAUUUUAUUUCCAAGCUAAACACUAUUAUGUCUACCAAAUGUAAUGCACAUUUUGAGGACUGAUAUAAACAGUUAUUGCGUUGUCUAUUUCU